AUGGUCCGCAUUUCCGCCCUCUCGGCCGCCGGCCUUGCCCUCGUCGGCCUCACCUCCGCCCACCCCGGCGAGAAGCACGACCACAACAAGCUGAAGCGCGACAUCCAGCUCCGUGACGGCAUUGCCAACAUCGGCCAGCGCUCCCUUAGCCAGUGCUCCAACUCCGCCGGUGCCCAGAAGCGCCAGGCCCGCGCCGUCGAGCGCCGUGCCGCGAAGGUCGAGGAGAUCCGCAAGAAGAGGGGCCUCACUGCCCCCGGCAAGAAGUACCGCCGCGAUCUCGACCAGCUCACCGCCUGGGAGGCCAAGAACCACAACAUGACCGGCCUGUCUGAUAACGGCAUCUUCUCUUCCAUCGAGGACGUCUUCGGCGCCAACACCAGCUGUGUCCUCUCUCCCGAGAUCACCGGCGGCCCCUACUACGUCGUCGGCGAGUACAUGCGAUCCAACGUCAUCGAGUCCGAGUUCUGCGACGGUGUCCCCCUCUUCCUUGAGGUCCAGUACGUCGACGUCAACACCUGCGACGGUGUUCCCCAGGUCGCGGUCGAUGUCUGGAACUGCAACGCCACCGGUGUCUACUCCGGCGUCGAGUCUGGCCAGGCCGGUCUGGACACCACCUUCCUCCGCGGUAUUCAGCUUUCCGACCACGAUGGUGUCGUCCAGUUCGAGACCAUCUUCCCUGGUCACUACGAGGGCCGUGCCGCCCACACCCAUCUUCUGUCGCACACCAACGCGACCCUGAUGCCCAACGGCACCAUCUCUGUCUGGAACACUCCCGUCUCUCACAUCGGCCAGCUCUUCUGGCCCGAGAGCCUCCGUGAGAAGGUUGAGGAGCUCGCUCCCUACAACACCAACACGGUCGAGGUCACCACCAACGAGGAGGACAUGUGGUCCGUCCUCCAGGCCGACGAGUCCUACGACCCCUUCCCCCAGUUCGUCUACCUCUCCGACAACCUCCAGGACGGUCUCUUCGCCUGGAUCCAGAUCGGUAUCAACGCUUCUGCCGACUACCAGACCGACGACUACUACGGUGUUGCUGCCUACCUUGCUGAGGACGGCGGUCACUCUACUGGCUACACUGUCGGCGGCGGUGGUGGUGGCGGUGCUCCCGGCAACGGAACCGGCAACGGUACCAUGUCCGGCACUCCCCCCUCCGGCACCGGUGCUCCCCCCUCUUAA